UGUCCUCGUGCGCGAAUUUCGAGCGUGGCACGGGGGAGGGGGGUCACGUGUUAUCGUUACGCGGAAACCGCAGACAGUGUCAGUGAAGAAGUGCUCCCGAAAAGGUGUUGCGAUUUUUUCGGGCAGUGGAGUGCGAGAAUACGCGUUUUCGCGCGUCGGUUCGGUACGUACGAAUUUCGAGCUUCGGGAAGGGCACCGGUUUAGAAGACAAGAUCGCUCCGAUUCCCCUCCUCCUCCAAAAAAAGGACCGAUAUCGAAACGUCAAGUUGUUACCACGAGGGUGGUCCGGAUUUUUAGUGAACCGCCACGAGAGAGAUUCGAAACGAGAAAUCGAUGAGAAACUAAAAGAUUCUUCUCGAUCGAUAGAGUCAGAAAGUGAAAGAAAGAAAGACGAGCGAGUUCGGAAAGUUGUAAUCGCGCGUGGCGGGCGAAUGCAUGACAGAUCAUGGUUUCCGUGUCCGGACCCACAUCCACGGGGAUCCUAGCGGGACGCCUUUCUGGAUCGCCGGGCUCGCGGCAGAAUGGUGACGCGGAGAGCGAGAAGGACCACAAGGCAGCGGAACGCACCAGAAUCCGGCACGAAUCUGAUCUUUACGUCAGGCCCAGCUGGACGGACGCCGCGAUAGCGUUGGAUCAGCUCGAGAAGGGAAAGGCUGAUGGUCAGAGAUCAGCGGUGUGGUUCAGGGCGCGACUGCAAGAUCAGCUGAGCCAGUUGGGCUACUUUCUGCAGAGGCAUGCCGGAAAGGUGCUCUUCGUGGCCGUCCUCGCAUUGGCGAUCCUCUGCGUCGCUCUCAAGUCCGCGCAAGUCAACAGCAAGGUCGAGCAGCUGUGGGUGCAAGUAUUUUGUUCUUUUCUCGCCUUUAUCGAUGAUUAUAUGAUGUAA